AUGAGAGAAGUUAUUAGUAUUAAUGUUGGGCAAGCUGGUUGUCAGAUCGGUAAUGCUUGCUGGGAAUUGUAUUCCUUAGAACACGGUAUCAGACCGGAUGGUUAUUUACAAGAUGGUUUGACAAAGCCAAAAGGUGGAGAAGAAGGGUUUUCCACAUUCUUUUACGAGACUGGUUCUGGGAAGUUCGUUCCUCGUGCUGUUUACGUCGAUCUAGAACCAAAUGUUAUCGAUGAAGUGCGUACUGGUAUCUAUAAGGAUUUAUUUCAUCCUGAACAACUGAUUAGCGGCAAAGAAGAUGCUGCAAACAAUUAUGCAAGAGGCCAUUAUACUGUUGGUAGAGAGUUAUUGGAUGACAUUUUAGAUAGAAUUAGAAAAAUCUCUGAUCAAUGCGAUGGGUUACAAGGUUUCUUGUUCACACAUUCGUUAGGUGGUGGUACUGGUUCAGGUUUGGGUUCAUUGCUAUUAGAGCAAUUAUCCUUAGAUUACGGUAAAAAAUCGAAGCUUGAAUUUGCAGUCUAUCCAGCUCCACAGACUUCUACUUCCGUAGUGGAACCAUACAACACUGUUCUGACUACACAUACUACUUUAGAACAUGCUGAUUGUACCUUCAUGGUCGAUAAUGAAGCUAUUUAUGAUAUGUGUAAGAAAAAUCUAGAUAUUCCAAGACCAAGUUUCUCAAAUUUGAACAAUCUAAUUGCCCAAGUCGUUUCUUCUGUCACUGCAUCAUUAAGAUUUGAUGGUUCAUUGAAUGUCGAUUUAAAUGAGUUUCAAACAAAUUUAGUUCCAUACCCAAGAAUUCAUUUCCCAUUGGUCUCUUAUGCACCAAUUUUAUCUAAGAAUAAAGCUUCCCACGAAUCUAACACAGUCGCAGAAAUCACAAACGCUUGUUUUGAGCCAUCAAAUCAAAUGGUUAAGUGUGAUCCAAAAUCUGGUAAAUAUAUGGCCAAUUGUCUGUUAUAUAGAGGUGAUGUUGUCACAAGAGAUGUUCAAAGCGCAGUAGCACAAAUAAAAAACAAAAAAACUGUACAAAUGGUCGAUUGGUGUCCAACAGGGUUCAAGAUCGGUAUCUGUUAUGAACCACCAACCUCCACACCAAACUCUCAACUAGCUGACGUUAACAGAGCUGUAUGUAUGUUAUCCAAUACUACUGCCAUCGCUGAGGCAUGGAAGAGAAUUGAUAGGAAAUUCGAUUUAAUGUAUGCUAAACGUGCAUUUGUUCACUGGUACGUUGGUGAAGGUAUGGAAGAAGGUGAAUUCACUGAAGCAAGAGAAGACUUAGCUGCUCUUGAAAGAGAUUACAUCGAAGUAGGCGCUGAUUCAUACGCUGACGAAGAAUUUUAA